AUGAAUAAAAAAAAGCUUAAUGAUCAUUUAAGGACAGUUAACGACUUAAACUUAAACACUAUUUCAGAUUAAACUCAAUCAUUUAUAUUGAAGGAUUCUCAAAUUAUGAAAUUGACAACAUAAAUUGAUCAAUAGAAUCAAAGAAUCAAUAGAUUAAUAAAAACAAUUGAUGAAUCUAGAUAUGAAUAACAUAAAAAAUUUAAUCACCAUUUUUAAGAACUAUUCAAUUCUAAUACUAAAUAAUACAAUAAAGAAAUUCUAAAGGAAUUAUCUGGAUUAAAAUAGCAGUUUGAUAAAAUUGAGGAAACUUAGUCAUAUUAAGCAACCAAAUAGAAAUCUCAUUAUUAGUCACAUUUACCUCCAUUGUAAUCUUCCUCCUUUGAAUAAUAAAAUUCUGAAAAAAAAGUUCAAAAUCUUUAGAAGUAAACAUAAAAGUUAAAAAAUCGAGGAAUAAAAAGUUCAUCAAUAGAUGAAAAAGAAAUCCAGGAUUUUAAUUAAUAAAUUUAGCCAAAAAAACAAUCUCAUAGCGUUCAUAAAAAAUCUAAAACCAACUAUACGAAAACUGAAGUAUCCCCUCCUUCAUCACCAAAAAAAAAGAUAUCAAUUAUGUCAAAGUAAAGAGAAAGAAUAUAAAAACUUGAUAAUACCAAUAAUUUUCAUCACUUUUAAGAUCCACUUAUGAUUCCCACUAAAUAACCUUUUGAAUAUGAGAAAUUAACAACAAAAUCUCAAUAAAAAAAAUAUUUCAAUUUAAAAAAAUCGAGAUAGUUGUUAAGAAGAUUUAAAGCUAUUUCAAUAUGUGUUUGGCUGUCUUAAACAUUAUUAAAAUAAUGCAAAAAGAUUUGGCAUGAAAAUUAUAUGAUUUUUAAAGAUUGGUCAUAAGAAUUGAUUGGUCGAUUUGAUUCCUAGUUUGUAAGUUUCUUUUANUUUAUAAAGAUAGUUAUUAGGGAGCUCAAACAGUCCCAGCACAAAGUUGUAAAAACAUGAACAAAGCUCUAAAGUAAAUAAACUACAAUCAUUUAGAUCACCUUUAUCCCCUCCCGAUUUGAAGUUUAAUGCAGAAUCUAUUGCAAAAUCAUCAUAUAAGCCAUUCAAACCAGAAAAAACUUAAAGUGCCAAAGGAAAAUAGGAUGUAAAAAUCAUAUAUAGGAUAGCCAAAUUUAAAUCCCUCAUAUAAUGGCUAGUACAAUAGUGAAUAUCACAAAGAGUUUGAUCCAAAACAUUUGAAUCAAUGUCCUGCUAAAGAAGUAUUAGAAGAGGUAGCUCGCAGCACUUAAUUUUGA